AUGCACAUCCCAACAAAACAGAGGGUCGCCCCCGACGAUUCCCAUCUGCCCCGACGCAAUGUUACGUUCACUGGUGAACCGUUCUCAGAUCACGGAAUAGAUACAUCUCAGUUAGCUAUCCAGUCCGCUAGAGGCGGUUCACACGUCUUCUCCAUCUUCCAAAGCCUCCAGCACUGUUCUCAUGCAGAAGAAAUGAAAAAACUUUCUGCAAGCAAGUCCAACACAGAGCCGGACUCCUCGUCCAACAUCGACACCUCAGCGGAGAUCCCGGCAACACUAUCUGACCAUGAUCCAUCUCAUCCCGCAGAUACUCCUCAUGACCAAGAGUCUGAGCUCCAUGUCUCUGUAGAAGCUGCAUCUGUCGAGAACAACCGCGUGGGUACUGCUGAGAGAGCCAUGGAGCAUGGCCCCGAGCAACAGGAACCAGCCGGCGCAACCGAGCACAAUCAUGCCCCCGCGUCUGAGCCUUCAGAGCUUGAGGAGACCGACCCUCUCCAGAGUCAGAGACCAUGGACUGGCCGUGAUUUCGAGACAAGUUUGCACUUUGCAGAGCGUGUCACAAGCUGUCCUCGCUCUUCGUCUUCGAGGUAUUGUCCCGCCCAAGCCAACCCUCUACCCUCCACAACCAGUGCCUACAUCCAGACUAACAGUCCAUCCAGCUCUAUCAGAGGAAUAACAGAGCCGUUGUUCGAACGAGAUUCGGUCCUUUCGCCCGGCCCGGCAAACAACAGCACCGCGAGGGCCGAGCCGCCAUCUACCCCAGGUAGCCACAAUCGAGCUAACGGCGUCAAUCGAACGGCGAUCGCAAGAGUACUCCUCGCUCGUAUCGACCGGGACCGAGACCCGAUCUUCUAUGGGCCAGUGAACCAGGCAGUGGAAGACGAUCGUCCGUGGGGGCUCCGCUCGUGUAAACAUGGGAAAAUAGACCGGGUGCCCCUCGUCGAUCCAAACGAAGUGUGUGACCGCUGCGGCCGUAGACCGGCGCUCGGCUGGCUGUAUCAGUGCUCCGUGGACGAGCCCGGUUUCGGGGACCCAAAUGGUACCAGAGACGGUGAGGUGCUAAGUUCGUGGAUGGUCGACGCCAUUAAGGCUGGGAAGUACACAGAUGCGCAGAAGGGAACACUGCUCGAACAGAAACUCACUGUCUUUCGUCGGGCGUACGAAGAGAUAGUUGCCUACAACGAACGCUAUUCGAGGGUCACCGUCUUCCCUUCCAUGCACAGAGCGGAGGAGGAGCAGAAUACUGACUCCGAUGACGAUGGCCCCCAUGUUCAGCUGAUUGAAGAUGUUCAGCAGAGCCGUAGCUCGAUCGCUACCGAUGCUUCACCCACUACCGGGCGAGUGAAGCAUGGCGAGGAUAUUCAGCAGAAUGCCUGUCGCAGUCCAGACUCUAUUACUCAAGGCGUGCUUCCAGUCGCAGACUCUGACACCUCAGCUCCCCCACUACAGUCUAUCCCACAUUGCAAAUGGCGGGCUUGUCAUCGCUGCGUACCAGCACACAUGGAACGAGCAUGGGACAGCAUCGACGCAGUGUGUAGACCCAAAUUCCCAGCCCCGAGUGCCUUCAACUUGGGCGAGCGGGUGGUCGUGAACGCAGUGUUCGUCUCCAAUUUAGGGCAGCGACCCAACCCAUCCCCCACUCCUCCUCCGGUGCCCCGAUACUAUGGAGGCGAGUCGCAGCCCGCACAACAUACCGUGUCGAGCUAUCGUGGCGUAGCACGCUUAUCGUCUUAUCUCCCAAACGCAGCCACCGAGUCUACUUCUCAGGGUUCCUCUUCUGCCUCGAGAGUGACAAGCCCUGCGUCCAGGUCGACAGUGGAUCUACCGUCGUACAUGUCGACAUCGACCAGUGAUGCUACCAGCUCUGGCUCCCAGUCUUCCUACACCUCCUCAUCCACAGGAGAUUCCAGCAACCGAUCUCCAUCAGUGCUACCCACCUACCCCGUCGCCCGACACAACAGUGCAUCGCAGUCCCCACACCAUCUGCCCCACCCUCCACCUCCAACAAGCCAAGCAUUAUCCUCAUCCACAACCGGAUUACCCUCCUACCCAGUGACAGCAACAGCAACCCCCCGCCAGUUCCACGAACCCCUCUCCUCCCACCCCGCCAACGCAAGCUACUAUCCACCCCCGGUUAACCGGCUGCAGCGAGCGCGCGCCAGGCUACAGGCCAUCCUCGAACCCCUCGGACGCAGCCUGACGCCCUCGCCGAGGGAUUACAGUGCUGAAGCUUCCUCCGUCUGGAUCAAUAUCGGGAAUCACUUGCGCGCGACACUGCGGAAGAGGAGAUAUGGCGAGUUCCUUUGGCGGCGUCGCAGACAGGUGGAACAGCCGCCCUGCCCUCGUGGGCCGCGCGGCCCCUGUCCCUUCCCCAUGGCUCCCGGAUACCUCAUGGCUGCGGACCCGGAAGAGGUGCGAGAGGAGCGCGAGGUGUUCCGGUUUGGGCAGAUGGUGGGUCGCGAGCGCUGUAUUAAUUCGGGUCUCCAUGUCUGGGAGGAUGUCAUGCCGGUUAUUGAAGAGGUGGAGCCUUGGGAAGAGGAGUCUCAUAGUGAGGAUGGGGAUAGUAGUGAGGAAGAGGAGGAGGAGGAGGAGGAGGUCAGCGAGGAGGUGGAAACUGAGGUGGAGGCUAGCGAGGAGGUGGAAACUGAGGGAGAAGCAAGUAAAGAUAAGGGCAAAGGGAAAUUGGAGCGCGUUGAAAGGGGCGAUGAGUGCUACGAAGGGACGAGUGACUCGGAGGACUCAGUUGGCUCGGACGAGUCGGAUUUGGUUGACCCAAUCUUGAUAUUGUGACGGGGGAAGAGGGCUUGAAGUGGCCUCUUCUUGGGGUGAACUAUAAGGCUUCUGUCUCCACUAAUGUGCCGUGGUCGCUGAAUUGGUUUGUCAUGUUGGUGCUGGGACGUUGAGCUAGGAGUUGAAGUGGGGAGGUUGUGUGGUCGGGGUAACAUUUCACAUGUUGUGCUGUAAGAGUACUUGAAAAUCUACGGAAGAUUUAGUG